AUGUUAAACCCCGACACACCGAGGCCUGGCUUCCGGGAACAUAAGGCUUCAUCCGUUGCCACGCGACGACAAUGGGCCGAGGAUGUAGCAUCGAAAGCAUCGCACACCCUUGGCUCAGAGGCCGGGGUUGCUGAGGCUGAGGCUUGGGGGUUGGGGAGGGGUUGGGGGGGGAGUUGGGACCUGCACAUCUUUCAUAAAAACAUAAAACGGGGGCGGUUGCUCUGGCGAGAUCCCGUUCCGAGAGGUAAAUUACGCACCGCACCUGGCUCCUGGACGGUGCCCAGGAGCACGGUCUCCGGCUCGUAUUCGCUUCGGCCUUGGGCUGAUUACUACUACUACUACUACUACUACUACUACUACUACUACAUGCUCUACCUGGGUUUGGUUCUCGGUGUUGUUCAGAUCCCCAAUGCUCAAAUGCUUCCCCAGUGCUCAAUGCUCAAUGCUCAAUGCUCAAUGCUCAAUGCUCCCCAUCCGAUCUGUAGCACAGGUCAUGGCCAAUGGCGAGUGGAUGCUGCAGGUAUUGUAACCAAGCCUCGUUUGUCAACCCCAUACGGGUCUUCCAGAUAA